AUGAAGUCUCUUCCCUCGGCGGCGCUUACCUGUGUUCUCGCCGCCUCGUUAGCAUGGGCCGCAUCUUACACCGAAUCCCUCCUCACCCUUCACAAGACCCUCAUCGAAGCCGACUCGACAACCAAAUCCGAGGCCCUCGGAACUCAAGCACUCAAGACCUACCUCGAGACAAACUUUACAGUAGAGCUCCAGACAGUCCAAGGAACCCGCCAAAACGUCUUUGCCUACCCCGGUACCGCCCGCGAGGCCCGCGUCCUCCUCACAUCACACAUCGACACCGUGCCGCCUUACUUUCCCUACUCCCGCACCGACGAUGAGAUCCGGGGCCGCGGCGCUUCCGAUGCAAAGGGCAGCGUCGCGGCGCAGGUCAUCGCCGUGGAAUCGCUCCUCGAGAGCGGCGAGAUUGGCGAGGGUGACGUCGCUCUGCUGUACGUCGUCGGCGAGGAAUCCGGGGGCGACGGCAUGAGGAUCGCGAAUGACCUCGGCUUGACGUGGGAGUCUGUCAUUUUUGGCGAGCCGACGGAGAAUACCCUCGUUCGGGCGCACAAGGGCGUGCUGGCGUUCAAUAUCACGGCCGACGGGGUCGCGGGGCAUUCUGGGUAUCCCGCGUACGGGCGGAACGCCAUUGAUCUGCUCGUUCGCGCGCUGGAUAAGAUUGAGAAUACGGCGCUGCCUUGGACGGAGGAGUUUGGGAAUACCACGUUGAAUGUGGGCUUGAUCGAGGGCGGGAUCGCGCCGAACGUGAUUCCGGAGAGCGCGUCGGGGAGGGCGUCCAUUCGAGCGGCGACGGCGGACUUGAAGAGCAUCCAAGACGUUUUGCAGAAGGCGGUCGCGGAGGUUACGCCGGAAUAUGUCACUUUGACGUUCACUGGUUCAGGCCUGCCGAUCAGCUUGGACCACGAUGUUGAAGGUUUCAACACCACCGUGGUGAACUAUUACACGGAUGUCCCUCAACUAAAAGGCACCCACAAGCGUUACUUGUAUGGGCCUGGGACUAUUCUUGUCGCCCACUCGGCCGAUGAGCGCAUCACUGUGUCGGAUCUGGAGCGUGCUGUGGAAGACUACAAGAAGCUGAUCCUCGCGACCUUGAAGUGA